UUCCCAGAUACCUAUGCAGGUAGUUCAUCCGAAUCCGGAGAAUUCCGAUCUCAUGAUCCCUGCUGCGAGGAGACCACUACAGUGGAGAGCCGAACUCCGAGCGUUUGAAUCCGGAGUCGGAACCGAUCUUCCCAAUGAUCUCGAACUCCUCAUUUGCGUUUCUGUUUGUUGCCCGGCCUCAUGAUCCACUCAGUGGGAACCGGUUUAGAGGGUCGACUCGAAAGAUGUCUCCAUUUGGGGCAGCGCGAUGUAAGCUGCGCCUGAGAUGGGAUGAUAUCACUCCGUUUGGAAGUACUCGUACUACUGGGGUCCACGGUGGAUGGGCUGUAUACAAAUGACUGCAAAACGAAGCUGAUCACAAAACAUAUCUGUCUGUCUUCGUGUUGCACCGGUGACGCCAUCAUCGACAGUCUUUCUCUUCUCUGCGUCUCUGCGUUACGUUGUUCCGCGUCACUCCGUCUUCAGCCUUUUCCAUGGCUUUCGACCACGUCCAAUGACCACGUCCGAGGGAUUGGGUGGUUGGGUACAAAACAUCUCCAGAAACUAGGGCCAAUGAUUUGUCAUUUGUACGAGGAGUUAGUGGCUGCCUACCAGCUUGGUCUGGCUGUGCCUCACAAGAAACCGUACAGGAGUGCCGGCAUCAAACCCUGCCAUGGGGAAAAAAACAUUUUUGAGAUAGGCAAGACAUAUCAAAGCACAAGAUUCUGGCGGCGGAUUACAUUCCAUCCCAUCCGCUCGGCGACACAAGACAAGAACCCGCUGGAAAACACUCAAACGUUCGGAAACUAUGUAGGUUGAUUAGUAUAAGAAAAAGAAACACACAAUUCGCAAUCAAUCAAAACCGUCAUGGCCUAUCCGGGAAAAAAAAAAAAGAAAGAAAAAAAGGUAUCCCCUCCUUUUCC